GGGCCACGUGACCUCCCUGUUUUCACCCAGUUAAACGCAUGUACUUAAAAGACAGGCUCCUCCAUUCACCCACACAAACACGAUCUGAACACUAUCUAAGACUCGGAGUGCUGGGAGCGAACCAUGGCGGCUGCCACAAGCAGCAACACAUCCACAGCCACGCUUCAGCAGAUGAAGCACUCCAGCAUUGAGCUUACACGGAAACGCAUAGACCCGAGGAGGAGACAAGCGGCGCUUUCUUUUCUCAGCAACAUUUCUUUAGACGGCCGACCCGUGCAGGACGAUGCAGACAACCAGAACCUGGAGGAUAACUCGCUGGAAGAACGGACUAGACAGAGCCUGGUUUCUCUGGAGGGCUACGGUGCGCAAGGCGCUGCUGGCACCGCCGAGGCUGCAGCUGCUUCUGCGGCUGCCGCCGCCGCUGCUGCUGCUGCUGCUGCGACCACGGCCACCCAGGCGCUCGCUUUAGCAAACCAGGCUCGCCUCGCCAGCUGGGGCAGCGGUGGUACGGGUGCCACAGCGGCUGCAGACACGGAGGGCGACGCUUUUAUGCCCUCCACGCUCAACUCGCCUUUCUCCGCGGUCCCAGUCGCGACCAGGGGGAGGCUGCAGACUUACACUCAGGGAAUCCUUCCUGCUCCCUACUCCAGACAGUUCUCCCCGAGCGUCAGCCUGGAUGGCGGACAGAUAGAUCAGCAGAGGUCAAGAAGGAGACUCAUCUCUCAGCGCUCUUCGCUAGAAACUCUAGAAGACAUCGAGGAAAAUGCUCCUCUACGCAGAUGCCGAACCCUAUCUGGUUCACCCCGACCAAAGAGCUUCAAGAAGAUCCACUUCAUAAAAAACAUACGGCAACACGAUAUGCACAAUGGAAGGAUAGUCCUUAUCAGUGGCAGAAGAUCCUUCUAUAGUGUGUUUUCUGUCCUGCCCUAUCAAGAUUGUAGCCAAGCAGGGGACGUAAAGGCGGAAGGGCGUCAGCGUCACCCAUCAGGAGGUGUAAGUGCCAAGGAGAUGGUGAUUGGACUGGAGGGAGUGGAGUUAGGAGCAGAUGGAAAGACUGUUUCCUACACCCAGUUCCUGUAUCCCACUAACGUUCUGGGCGGUCGAAGGAACACCAUCGAUUCCACGUCAUCCUUCUCUCAGUCUCGAAACGCGAGCCACCGCAGCCUCAGUCUGGGCAGGGCCAACAGCAACCAGAGCAGCUUGGACACAGGGAACGAGUUUGGAGACUUUCGCGAGUAUGACCCCAACUUGCUGGAUGACCCGCAGUGGCCCUGUGGAAAACACAAGAGAGUGCUCAUCUUUCCCUCUUACAUGACCACAGUUAUCGAAUACGUCAAGCCCUUUGACCUCAAGAAGGACAUGAACGAGACCUUCAAGGAGAAAUUCCCCCACAUCAGGCUCACUCUCAGCAAGAUACGGAGCUUGAAAAGGGACAUGAGAAAACUGGCCCAGGAUGAAUGCAGGUACGAGGAGCCGACUGUGGCCAUGGCUUUUGUCUACUUCGAAAAACUUGUUCUUCAAGGCAAGCUGAACAAACAAAACCGCAAACUCUGCGCCGGAGCCUGCGUCCUCCUGGCAGCCAAGAUUGGCGGUGACCUUAAGAAACACGAGGUUAAGUUUCUUAUAGAUAAACUGGAGGAGCGAUUCAGAGUGAACCGCAGAGAGCUUAUAGCGUUCGAGUUUCCCGUCUUGGUGGCGCUGGAGUUCAACCUGCACCUGCCAGAUCAUGAGAUCAUGCCUCACUACAGACGCCUGCUGCAGACCUCUUAGCAUUGGCGAACCAUCAGGAGGACAGCAGCUGGGUUCUCCUCCUGAUACCUUCAACCCUCACAGGAAUUAUCCUUCUCCUUCACUCUCAGUUCUGACCACUACAGAUGAAACCCUUCUUUCCUCUCAUUUCACUACAAUUCACCAAGAAGACUCUUUUCUUUUUUAACAUUUAGCAUCACUACAUGGACAUUUUACCAGUUUGUAUACGUCAUCUGCUUUUCUUCAUCACUUCGUACAUUUUCUCUUUUUGAUUAAGAGAACAUUUUUCAAUAUUUUAAAUAUUUUUCUGCCUUUUCAUAAUCCGCCUUGUUACCUUGUAAACUACAUUCAAAUUUCAAACAAAAGCCUUUUGUAAAGCCGCUGUUCUUAGCUGGACUGUUAUUCCUCGAGAGUGACUCAUCUUUUUGCAAAACUUUGUAAUAAAAGUGCACUUUUUGGCAUACCACACGAUUUUUUUACCCAUCUCGGGAACUAACCCAGAAGAUCAAUAAGCUAAACACACCUAAUGUAUUUGGACCUUUUGAUUUGUUUCGUCUUCUCAUAACACUUUUCUAGCAUCAGAAAUCUGCAUGAAAAUGCAUUAGUAUUUGUACGCAGGCAGAAAAGAUGCAGCCCCCUUUCCAUUCAGAUUGUUUUCUACCACUUGAAUGCUUGCUGCGGACUCCCCGAGGCCAGACACGCUUUUAUCGGUGUCGGAUUUCCUGUGCUCUAUGUUAGAGUGUAUUGCUGGCACAUUUACAGUGCUUUGUUGCGGGAGCUUUUAACGCAUGCUAAAAAUGCUAUUAACCAGCAGUCGGGGCUGGCAGUGAUACGCACGGUCUUAAAGGGGAGAAGCGUUAGGAUGUGAGCCGAGACCCCAUGCAUGCAAAUAUAUCUCUUCUGCUGAAGUGUCCUUGAAUAAGACAACGGGGUUCCUACAGACGAAAGGAGAGUGUUGUUUUUAGCCCACUGAUGACCUCUGUGAGGAAUCUCUCUAAAAUGAGGACACGGGCAGGAGAAUUUGGAUCAAACAUUUGCUUUAACUUGAAUGUGUUGCUUUGAAAUGUGCAAUUUCUUAAUCAUUCUUUUUUUUAAAUCAACAUCAGCUGUGUAACUAUUACUUUCUGGUCUGUAAUUAAGUCUUUAAAAUUUGUCACGCACUACCAGAGUAUUGAGAGGUCACUGCACUAAAUGUGUAAAACAGAUCUGCUUUUUGGUGCUGCUCUACAGAUGAAUGGUGUUUUAAGGUCAAGUGUUCAUAAAAGCAAUUUUCAUCAGAGAAAGAUGGAAUGUAUUGUUUUUAAAGUAUAAUAAAAAAGCUCCUUUCUGUCUGCAAGCCCAAAGAUUUUGCUCUAUGAUGCACUCGGAGUACUCUGUGAGUAAAGAACCCAUGUGUGACUUGCUUAACCUGUGUAUGUUUGUAAAUAAAAAAUGUCUUUGCUUGUUCAAUCUAAA